AUGGAUACUAUUGGAGAGAAUGCUUUCCACCUUGGAGGUGCCCUUAUAUGCGUUGCACUAGCUGCGGAAGCUACUCAGUUUAUCUACACCGGUCUUUCAAACCCUUUAUCGAACAUACCAGGGCCGUGGUACACCAGAUUUACCGCAAUUCCAUCGACAUACAAAUUUAUGACCGGUCAUCAUCCUGACUGGAUUCACAGCUUACACGCAAGAUACGGAUCUAUAGUGCGAUACAGUCCAUCAGAGGUUGAUGUCUCUGAUCCAGCAGCAUGCCAGCGUAUCCAUUCUGCUAAAGCGGGGUACUUAAAGACGCCCUUCUAUACACUUCUCGUCACGGAUGCCUCGAACGUCUUCAAUGAGAUCCGCCCUGACAUUCACCGGAGAUUCAAGCGUCUCUUAUCACAUCCCAUGUCAGAAACUGGCUUGAAAACAUUCUAUCCCCGUAUUGAUAAUAAGGUGCGGCUUGCUAUCGACCGUAUGUGUGACGAAAAUACAGCAUGCGGUGCUGCUGAUGUCGCCAAGUGGUUUAUGUUCCUUUCGUUUGAUGUUAUUGGCGACAUCGCGUUUAGCGAAUCAUUUGGUAACUUAGAAAAUGGCAAGUUUCGAGUCUUUGAUUAUGCCCAGAAAGCCUUAGACCGUCAUGCUAAGCGAGUAGAGGAAUUGGGCUCUGACCCCAAGCCGACUGUCUUUUCUAAGAUCUAUGAUGCCAACGAAAAGGAGAUGUUAUCAAGAAAAGAGAUGCGAGACAACGCACUGGCAUUCAUUGUUGGCGGCAGUGAUACUACUGCCAACUCUAUGAUUUAUCUUGUUUGGGCUGUUUGCAAGAAUCCAAGGAUAAAGGCUAGGCUCAUGAAGGAGCUGAGCUCUCUUCCAGAAGACUAUACCUACGAUCAUCUGAAGGAGUUGACUUAUCUCAACUGCAUUGUAAAUGAGAGCUUACGACUAUACUCAGCUCUUCCGGGUGGGCUUCCGAGACUAGUACCCCCUGAAGGUGCAGAGCUAGCAGGAUAUUUUGUCCCUGGCAGGUCGGUUGUUGCGACGCAGGCAUAUAGUCUGCAUCGCAACCCAGACGCGUUCCCUGACCCAUAUCGAUUUAAUCCAGAGCGAUGGGAGAAUACCACACAGCUCAUGAAAGAUUGCUCUAUGCCAUUUGGGGGAGGCGCCAGAAGUAAGGCUCCUAUACUCCCUUUCAUCCUCGUUCUUUAA